CAAACAGCGACAUGACAGGAUGAGACGCCCGCACUCCGCCCCGCCCAUCCAUCCGUUCUGACCUCGACAUGCCUCGAGUCUACCCUCCUCUUGAAGGCCGUCAGCCGGCUGUCAACCUUUCACCAUCCCUCGUCGAAUCGACCGCUGGCUUCAGCGCUGGAAUAGUAUCUACGCUUGUCGUCCACCCCUUCGACGUGAUCAAAACCCGCCUCCAGAUCGAACAGACCGAUGGACCGACCAACAUCAUUCGCCGUGGCGCAUCCUGGCGUGUCAUUCAACGCAUAGCAGGCGAAGCCACUCAUGGCCAGUCUCCAGAUAAGCCAAAAAUUCACCAAAGCCGUACGGCCUGGAGCGCAGCUAUGAUGCGCGCCUUUUAUCGCGGAUUGAUGCCGAACACCAUUGGCAACUCAGUCAGCUGGGCUCUCUAUUUCAUGUGGUACGGAAACAUCAAAGAUUUGGUUGGUGUCGCAAGAUACGGCAGCGCACGCGCGCAAUUGACCGGUGUGGAUUACUUGGUGGCAAGCUCGAUCAGCGGAAUUCUCACUUCUGUCUUCACCAACCCUAUUUGGGUCAUCAAAACACGCAUGCUCAGUACCGCCAAGCAUGCCCCAGGGGCCUACAAGAGCAUCGUUUCGGGGACGCUGAGUUUGUACAAGACCGAAGGGAUCAAGGGGUUUUAUCGAGGACUCUUGCCGAGCUUGUUUGGCGUCAGUCACGGCGCAGUACAGAUGAUGCUGUACGAGAAGCUGAAGAACCGAUGGGCCCUGCACAGAGAAGGUGGAACCCUGACAAAUAUGGACACUCUGCAGCUGUCUGCAGUGAGCAAGAUGGCCGCUGGGUCCAUCACCUACCCCUACCAGGUGGUACGGGCACGGCUGCAGACGUAUGAUGCCGCCCAGCGGUAUAAGGGAGCAGGAGAUGUGGUGAAAAAGGUGUUCCAGAACGAGGGAAUUGCCGGCUUCUACAAGGGCAUGGGGCCCAACCUGGUGCGGGUGGUGCCCAGCACCUGCGUGACCUUUUUGGUCUACGAGAACGUAAAGUUCUACCUGCCUCGCAUGAUGGCAGACGACGUAGUUGACGGAGAUGAAUGAAGCUGAGGAAGCACUCUUACUCCUCAAAUGAAGCUUCUCCCUCUGCCCCAUGCCAUGCCCACCAUGCAAUCAAGGUCAGUGGUAGGAGUGCUCGUGAUGAUUUCCGGAUUGUAGAGCCCCCGCUUGAUACAAAAUCCUUUUAAUCUCCAGAUG